GAGCCCUUCUCCAACCAGUAGCAAACCUAAAGCCCCAGGCGAAUAAGGCCAGCUCUGAAAGCAAACGAUCGCAUCUACAAACAACAUCCCUACCAUUUUGUCAACCUCCGCACAAAAACGCAUCGACGUCGCACCGAACGAACCCUCUUGCUACGACACUUCGAAUUAACAACAUUGUAUUCCAGCAGCACCUCCACUUUGUUGAUCGCGACAAACCUCUACAGUCAAUCAUGAAUAGGCCAGGGGCAGUGCCACAGACACUCCGCGGGAUGCCUGGUGGCUUUGGAGGUCAACAGCAACCCCAACAACCAGGACGAGCAGGAACGAAUCGAUUACCGAACGGAAAACUAGGGAACAACAACUCUGGCUGGGCGUUUGGAGGGGUUCCCAUGGCUGGAGCAGGUCCCCAAAACGCUGGACGUCAACUUGGCGGAAACGUGAGCUUCGCACAGAGCUUGUCGGGCUCCCAACCUGCAACAUCACUCGACCUAUCCGAAUUCCCAUCAUUAUCGAACAACGCCCAGAUGUCGAACCCCAACCAGUCAUCUAUGUGGUCGACAGCUGGAUCGCGAAACCUGGGUGGUCCCAGUCCGCGCAACCAAGCUACCCCUCAGCAAGGUGGCCAGGAUGAUAUGUUCAGUCCCACCUCUUCCAGAGGGCAAGGCGGGUUCAGAUUCGGUAACCAAGGCAACAUUGGACAACAAACUCAAUCAAGCAGCGUUGACGACUUUCCACCACUGAACCAGACCUCGAAUGGUGAGAUGGGAUCAGAUCGGACGGCGAGCUUGAUGUCAUCUUUAGGCUUCAGCUCUCAGGCCGCCGGUGCUGGACCCUCAGCAAGCAAUAGGGGGAAUGGUCUUCUGAACGCAUUGUCGGCUAACAGCCGAGCGAAUGAAGCCAGGUCGCCGCCUGGUAUUGGAGCCCCCGGCUCUUCAAGACCGCAAGACGGCAAACCUCCUGGCCUGGAAGAGCCCCGGCAAAAGUCUUCCAAGGAGGAUGCGGUACCAGACGAUGCUUCUAAUGCAGCGGAUUAUAACAACGCGGACUAUAGCGCCACGAAUUAUGUGGCACAAACCAUGCAAAAGAGACUCGAUACUGAGGACGUCAUUGACCCUCUAGAGGGUAUGCCAGCAUCCGACAAGUGGGGUCUCAAGGGCUUGACAACGUUGAUGAACAACUAUCCUGACUACCACGCGAUGGUUGUGGGAAUGGACCCUAACUCGUUAGGACUUGACAUCAAUUCUCAAGAGUUGUUUUCGACUCAGAUUUACUCGCUGUUUGAUGACGCACCUCCUCGGCCAGUCCUUUCCAAUGGAAGAUUUCGAUUGCCGGAUUGUUAUAACGUGACAAAUGUGCAACCUAUCGAGAGUAAAAUUCAGAGUUUCAAUGAAGAGACUCUAUUUUGGAUCUUUUACAGCUGUACGGCAGAUGUAAAGCAACAAAUGGCUGCAGUUGAGCUACAUUCACGAAACUGGAGGUGGCACAAGAAACACCAGAUCUGGUUGACCAAAGACGAGCACAUGACUCCUCAAAUACUGAGUCCUAACCAUGAGCGAGGCUAUUACGUCGUCUGGGACACAAACUCCUGGCGCAAAGAGCGUAAAGAGCUCACUCUACACUAUGGCGAUCUAGAUACAACGCUGGGCCAGGCGCAGGUUGUGCCUUGAUAGGAGGAGUACUGAGCACCACGAUUGGAGAGAAUUUCCUUUGGAACAGGUGUGCAUGGGUGACUGAUACGUGAGAAACGUAUAAAGGGGCGUUACGGCAUCAAGACAGGGCAACUGUUUCUCGUGGGGAUGGGAUCGGACCUGGGUUAUGAAUGAACGCUCUUCCAUCACUGAGGGCUGGCUUAUCGCCUGGAUAUCGGACUGUCGUGUCAAUAAAUGAUGCUUUUCAGUUCUGCGCAA